AUGUCAAAAACAUUCAUCUGAAAAAAAUACACUUUCAUUCUCUUGUGUGGAGGAAAAGGAACAGUUCUUAAGCAUGAAGCAGGUGGUAGAAAAGUUUUGUAACUUGUAUCUUGCUCAAAGUUGGUGUGAAGAUAUACAAAAUAUAAUCUCAUAUGUGAGUUCUAAGUGCGAGGCAAAUGCCCCGAAAGUAAUAUCUUACGUAAUCCUUGGCACUUUUUCUCUUUUGAUUUUUGUGCUACUGAGAAGGACCAGGUCCAAGCCCAAGCCCAGGCCCAAUAAACUUCAAUCUACCAGGUCCUUCAUCGUUAGAGAACUCCACAGUGGAUAUCCAGCACUUGAGAGACUGAUGACAGAAGAUUAUAAACAUCCAUCAGCAUUAGACAGCGCCCAUGCUCUUAUUAGGGAACUUCAAAAGGGUUUACCUGAUUUACUGAUUCUUCAGCAAAAAGUAAGAGAGUUGGAGAUGUGGGAAGUGGAGGAUUAUGCAGAGAAAAUACUUAGACCAGCGUUCAAAGAGGCUAAUGAAAAGGAGAAACCACAUGAAGCCUACGAGUUUGAAAUGUUAAUAGUGGAAGUGCUCAUCUACAAGGGAGGAAUUUCGGAUUUAGAAAGUGCCUUGCAAUGUGAAUGUUUGGCAGAUGAAUCGCUCAAAGAUGCACGACGCCCACUGUACAAAGCAAUUAUAUACAAAAUGCUGAGGAAUAUGGAGAAAGCUAAAGAACAUUGGGAUGAAUUUAUUGUAGUUGGAGACCCAGCUUUCGGUCGUCAAAUUGAAAUGGAUUUUGAUAAGUUUAAAUAUCAUGUGAGUCGACUUCAAAAGGCAACAGAAAAUGUUACAAAGAAAAGGAGCAGCAUCAACUUCUCAACUUUCUCCAUUUAAUUACCUGUAAAUAUGUUUAUUACAUUUGUUUUCAAAGCUACAAAAACCUAUGUCUUGUUAUUACUCUAUUAUAAUUUCUAUUGAUUUGACCGUAGAAGCGUAAGUUCAAUCCUUGAAGGAACUUCUCACCUUCUCAAAUUAGUGCAAUCCCUUGGAGAUUCAGACCCAAAAGAGAUGUAUUUUAAGCUUUCUUUUUAACAAAGCUCAAGCUUGUAAUUUCGAGGUAAAAUAAUCAAAUGGUAUUUUAUUAG